CAGAGGGCGACGAGAAGAGGGCGAGGAAAGGCAGUGCCACCUCUCCUCCACGUGACCCGGGGCACCCAGCCAAUCAGGCGGCGGCACGGUGGCGCCCCAGUCCCAGAUCCGUAGUGCGGCGGGUCGGGCUGCGACAAGAGGCGGUGUGGCUGUGGCGGUGAGCGCCGGGCUGGGAGCUCUCCCGAGCAGCCCCAUGCGACAAAUCGGCAGGGCGCGAGCGGCUCUGCUGCCGUGGACGGGGCUUCCCCCCUCUGCGGGAGCCCCGGAGCUCUCGGGGAGAGAGCCGGGGAAAGCCGCGGACGGAGACUCUGCGGAACUCGUAUCCCGGUGUCUUCUUUCUGAAGCUUCGCAGGUGCCAGUGCUACCCUGGGUUUGUGCCGAUCCCCUCGGCCUCGUUUGUAGGGACUCGAGAAGCUGUUUUAGGAUCGGGUACUGCAUCCCGGAGGGGUGGUCUUCUGAAGACCGCAGGCGCUCGUCGGGAGAACGUCUGCUAGUUAGCCAUGCAGGUCCCGCAUGCCGCACUGCGCCCUCCCAGCAGCAAGACCUGGCCGAAUACGCAGCAGCUCUGUGUUGUGCAGCGUGUGCUCCCAGGCGUGCCUUUCACUCACCAGAGUCCAUCUGGCCUCAUGCCUACCCUGCCUUAGCAGCUCCUCACUCCGGGGGUCUUGCUCUGUGCCACUGGGUGGGAGCUGGCAGACGGCUCUCCCAGGGAGGUGACAGCAGAGGCUGAGACAGGAGAAGCCACAGUGGGAGAUGCUGUUGUUAGGGAAAGAUGGAUGUGCUUGUUUAUGUGCAUCUUUGAACCCUAGAGUUAAGCAACAAAGUUUUAAUCACCUUGAAAGAGCAGAGAUCUCAGAACAGCUUGUUUGGGCAUUGCUGACCCACGAGUGGGGCUAGCAGGAAAGGAAGGAAGGGAGGGCCAGGGGUGAUGGUGGACGGAGCACACCAUAGGAUGAAUGCCGAGCCCCACUUGGUCAGAUCCUGUGUCUGCCUGAAGUGUGCUAGCUUGCUGCUCUCGGUCUGCUCCUGUACAGUUCUGUCGCUGGAGAGGUAUGUUCAGCAGGGACUCGCAUGUUGCUGUCAACAUGGGGUCCCUGCCGUGAGCCUUGCCUUCCCCUCUGUACCCCAGAAGCUCUUCAGGCACACCACUGACUCUGUGUCUUGUCCUUUGCAGGUGCUGAUGGAGGUUGGUAGCCUGCCAGUGGAGCUGCGGCAGCUCAUCUUAUCCUACCUGUGCCUCCCAGACCUGGGCCGUUGCAGCUUGGUCUGCAGGGCCUGGUACGAGCUCGUCCUGGGCCUGGACAAAACACGCUGGCAGCAGCUCUGCCUGUGCUGCCUCGAGCACAGACACCCUGACUGGCCUAACGAGCGUGGUGUGGAGCCACAGUCCUGGAGAGAGGCCUUCAAACAGCACUACCUGGCCUCCGAAACCUGGACCAAAAACAUGCAGGACCUGCAGUCCUCCAACUUCCUCUCUCUCUUUCAGAGGAGGAACGGCUGGCGCCAGCUCUGCGUCAGCAUGGGGGCUGAGUUCAGCAGCAUCCAGGCAGCCGUUGCUGCUGCCGGCCCCUAUGACAGCCUUAUGCUGCUGUCUGGUGUGCAUGAGGAGCAGAGCAAGGUGCUGCUGAAGGUGCCUGUGGAGGUCGUGGGGCAGGGCAAACUGGGGGAAGUGGCACUGCUGGCAAGCAUUGACCAGCACUGUCCCACCGCCCGCUUCUGCAACGUGAUCUUCAUGCCGUCGCGCUUCACCUCGGUGCUCUACAAGACAAGUUCAGGCUAUGUCCAGUUCGACAGUUGCAACUUUGAAAGUGGGCAGCUGCAGAUCCAUGCACCAGGGACAUGCCAGGUGAAGUUCUGCACCUUCAGCCAGUCCAGCAACCACCUCCACAGCGUGGCCCUCUGUGUCCUGAAGAACUGUGAGUUCACUGGCAGUGAGAAUGCCUCUGUGACUGUGGAGGGCUGCCCAAGCUCUGACUAAGCAGAGCAUUGGGCCUGCAAGCACCUGGCCAUGCUGGCCAAAUCCCAUGCAGUGUCCAUACGGGAACCCGACCCAGCUGGCUGCCCUUUGGCCAAGUGGGAUGGCUGGGGGGGAUCACUGCUGGGGCCACUGAGAACAUGUGAGAUUCUCAUAGCGGAAGAACAAAGCAGCUUCCUCUCUGCUGUGAGUGCUCACACCCUGCUCGGCUCAGCCCAGGAGGGCAUUGAAUUCAGAGAGAAUUUGCAGGCAGCAAGGGAAGAGGAAUGCCCAGCCCUCGACUCAAGCUCUAGUGACAGUGACUUAAACAGCAAUGAUGUAGAGAAUGCUCAGGCUGCCUACAAACAGCCCUAUCAAGCUCACAGCCUGACUCACAUGAUUACUAACAUUAUGGACAGCAGGCUUCAAAGCAACAGACUGCACACCCUUCAGAGAGACCUUCAACUCAAGUCUCUGCGGCAGGAGCUGCAGCAGGACAAGGAGGCCCAGUCUUUGGCCAACUCUCUGUAAGGCUGCAUCUUCCAACAGUGCCUUUUCAGGGAUAGGAAGGGAGGACUAUUCAUUUAUUCACGAGGACAAGCAAAACUGGAAGGAAGCAUCUUCAGGGAUCUUAACUACGCAGUGCGCUGCAUACAGAACAGUAAGGUUAUCAUGCUGAGGAAUGACACCCAUCAUUGCAAAGCAUCAGGCAUAUUCCUGCACCUGUCAGCAGGAGGCCUGAUUGCAGAGAACAACAUCCAUUCUAACUGUGAGGCUGGAGUGGACAUUCGUAAAGGAGCCAACUCCCUUGUUCUGUGCAAUAAGAUACACAGCGGCCUUCGCUCAGGCAUUGUCAUCAUUGGCAACGGAAAAGGCAUCAUCCGUAGCUAUCAGAUCUAUGGAAAUAAAGAAGCUGGCAUUUAUAUUCUGUAUAAUGGAAACCCUACUGUGAGUGGGAACCAUAUUUUCUAGGGACUGGCUGCUGGAAUAGCAGUGAAUGAGAAUGGGGAGGCCAGAUCACAGGUAUGGGAAUGAGAAUGGGUUUGGAACAUCAUCUGUGAGAAUCAGUGGGGUGGAGCAGACAUCCGCCAUGGGGGUGACCCAGUCCUCAGGAACAACCUCAUCUCUUGUGGCUACUCAGAUGGGGUGGUGGUGGGUGAGCCUGGGAAGGGCCUCAUUAAGGGAAACACCAUUUACAGCAACAGGGGCUGUGGCAUGUGGAUGAUGUCCUCCAGCCUCCCGCACCUUGUCAACAACCAGAUCAGCCACAACAGCAUCUACAGGGUGGCAGUGUUCUGCCGCAAGGAUGCUGGUGACUACCCCCAUGGUCAGGGGCACAGCGAGAGCUUCCAGGAGGAGAGGGAGGGUGCUGGCAGGGAGAACGACCCUGACAGUGAGGAGGAGUACCCAGCUGCCCGCCAUCCCAUCAGUGUGGCGCUGGUGGGGUUGAACAGCAUAAACUACAAUGGAGCCGCUGGGUUGCAUGUGAAGAGCAGCGAAGCGCUCAAUGUCAUCGCUAAUGUCAUUCAUGCCAACCGCGAUGGCGGGGUAGUGGUGGUGCAGAGCAGCCAGCUGACACGCAUUGCCGACAACAACAUUUCCUGUAACAGCCGGGGAGGCAUGCUGGUGCAGGCUGAGUGCCAGGUGGAGAUAUGUGGAAAUGGCAUCUACGAGAACCGCAGCCAUGGCAUCGUCUCCGGGGGAGAGGGAAUCAUCGCAGAGAAUGGCAUCAUUGGCAACCACCGGUGUGGCCUUCAGCUGCUCCAGACAGCAGAUGUGAAGGUAACCAAGAACAGGAUUCAAUCCUUUCAAGACUAUAGCGUUGCUCUCUUUGAUGAAGCCAGAGGCCUGGUGCAGGAAAACCUCAUUUUCCAAGGGAGAUCCAAGAAAUCCAUUUUGCGACCAAUAUCAAAUGCAGAGGAUUGCAUCAUCCAAAACAACAUGCUUCUCACCUUCAAGAAAAGAUGAGGGUUUGAUAUGGAGUGCAUGCUGAUCAACCCCCCAGCACGGCCUCACAUCGAAGGAGGUGCCCUAGGGUCCUGCACAGUGGCUGGAGGUCAGAGAGUUUCCAGCAUAACCACCAGGGUGGAUGGGGGCUGCCACAACCACGGGAGCAUCUUCUGCACCAUUCUUUGACCAGGGAGGGAGGUUUCUUCACUGAGCUCUCUGUCUGUCUUUUCUCCAGAGCUGCUGCUGGGAAGCUCUCACAGCUCAGGGAUGAGGACUCUUAUUGGGAUGCACUCCCUUUUCAUGAAGGAUUUUGCAACUUCAGUGGCACCUCAUUAAAUAAAAAAAAGUAGCUGGGAAAACAGCCUCCUUGCCCACUGAGAUCGCUGCUGGGGUAAUCUGCAAGUGAGCAGUUCUUAGAUGAAACGCACUCCUGGCAGGAUCAGCAGCGUGCCUGACCAGGCCUCUCCAGCCUGAGCUCCAGACAAACCUCUCUUGCCAUGGGCCUGUGGCAUUAUUUAUUUGGGAAUCACUUACUUUGAAGAUACGUUGUUGGAGACUAUCUGCACUUGUGCCAGAAGGCUCGGAGACUAACAAUGUCCUUUGUGGUCUUGCUCUGUUUCUGCCUAUGCUGAUUCUGAGCCAGAUGGGGCAGACAAAGCAAUGCAGAUAGACAAAGGCACAGACAUACAUCAAUGCAGUAAGGUCCUUCCAGCAACUGGACUUGAAUGCUGUCUGGCCAGUACCUGCCCCGGGGUCCCAUUCUCCCCAGUUUGUGACAGCAGGGCAUAUAAGCCCCCAGAGGCUCUAGCUCCCCUUCCCCCCCCCACAACAGACAGACAGAUACAGACAGAGAGUGUCUGGGCUCCCAAACCACUUGAUGCCCAUGCAAAUCCACACGCACCAGUGAUGCUGGCACCCACACCAAAGGGAGAGUUCACAUCCCAGGAAAAGUUAGAAGGAGCCCUUGAUGAGCAGACAGGAGGUGCUCAUCAGACACAGGUGUGGCCAGACCAGCACCUAUGCUGGUAAGGGCAUGUAGGGACAGGACAAGGGGGAACGGCUUUUAACCUGACAAGAGGGGAGAUUGACAGGAGAUCUUAGGCAGUUCUUCCCUGUGAGGGUGGUGAGGCCCUGGCACAAGCUGCUCAGAGAAGC